UGAGAGCGGCUUUCGGUGAGUGAAAAAAAAUUAUCGAGUGAAAACUUUUGUUGUUAACUCUGAAGUUUUGAGAAGAAAGCGAAGGAGCUCAGAUAUGUGAGAGAAGGGCAAUGGCGUUACUACAGAUCGCAUGGCGUUGUAAGCUGACAAUCGACACUAAAACCCGAGUCGAGAUGAACUGGAGCACUGAAGCAUUUUAAAAUGGAGUUCGCCUCCACCUUAGCUACGAAUGUGGAGUUCCUGCUUAACGACACGACGGUGGAGUAUGAAGACAACGAUCCAGAUGCCGUCACGCUACUCUCCAUAUUACUUGUUGGUAUAUUCUUAUCACUGCUCAUAUUUCUGAGUGUGGCUGGGAAUAUUCUGGUCUGCAUAGCUAUCUACACAGACCGGGGCCUGCGGAGGAUCGGGAAUCUGUUCCUGGCAUCCUUGGCGAUAGCUGACAUGUUGGUUGCUGCUGCCGUUAUGACAUUUGCUGGAGUCAAUGAUUUAUUAGGGUAUUGGGUAUUCGGCGAGCAAUUUUGCGAUACAUGGGUGGCGUGCGACGUCAUGUGCUCAACUGCUUCCAUAUUGAAUCUGUGUGCGAUCUCACUAGAUCGAUACAUUCACAUCAAAGAUCCGCUAAGAUACGGCCGCUGGGUGACGCGUCGUGUUGCGAUCACGACAAUCGCAAUGAUAUGGCUAUUAGCUGCCCUAGUUAGCUUUCUGCCAAUUUCUCUGGGACUUCACCGACCCGACGAGGAGGCUUUAGCGACACAAAGACCCCCUAAGUACCCGACCUGCGCGUUAGUGCUCACACCGACGUACGCGGUCGUUUCAAGCUGUAUAUCAUUUAUACUGCCUUGCAUUGUGAUGAUCAGUAUUUACUGCCGGCUCUACUGCUACGCCCAGAAACACGUCAAAUCGAUUCGGGCGGUAACCCGAACGGUUCAAAUGCCGGACAAUAGAACCAAAUCGGUCCGGACCCGCGUCCACACGCACGUUCACUCGUCACCGUACCACGUGUCCGACCACAAGGCUGCCAUCACGGUGGGCAUCAUCAUGGGCGUCUUCCUCCUCUGCUGGGUUCCGUUCUUCUGCGUGAAUAUCGUCGCUGCUUUCUGCAAGACCUGCAUCCCUGAUCUAGCCUUCAAGAUAUUGACGUGGCUGGGAUACUCCAACUCGGCCUUCAACCCUAUCAUCUACUCGAUAUUCAACACGGAAUUCAGGGAGGCCUUCAAGAAAAUCCUCACCUCGAGGUAUCCACCUUGUUGCGGCUAUCAAACGGUCAGAGCGAACACGCCGACGAGAAACGACAACUUCGUCACAGAUUACGGAACUAAGACAUUAGUGGUACGCCGAAGCGGCUCCUUAGGUCUUUCAGGAGUAGACCCCACCCCUAGAUCCUCAGCGGAAUCGGUAAGACCACUACGGGAAUACCACAUCUGACAAGAAGAGAACGGUAGCAACAACGUGCUACUGGACAAGAGUGAUGUAGUUUAGUUACGUAGAAAUAAAA